AACCGCACCCAUAGAAAUAACAUCCCCCCCCCUCUCUAGCCAUACAUUUUCAAAAUGGGGAAGAAGAAACAAGAAAUGGCUCAAGUGUACAAUGGUACUUCCAAUGAGUUCAUUUUCGGAGAGCAAGGUGGCAAAGGUAAGAAUUUGUCAUCGUUCUUGAAAAACUUAUCCUUGACUGGAAGUUCCACUUUAUCUCACUCUAGUUCAGCAAGAGACAGUGUCGAGGAAACAAACAGCCAAAUAUAUGGAAGUUUAGGAUAUGCCAAUAGCACUAGUUCCUUAAAUAGUAGCGGGAACUUGUUUAAUCCCAAACGUCCCACCAAUACUCAAAGGACUGUGUCAGUGGGCUCUGGACUUCCACAUACUUCCACUGGUUUGGGACUGGGGUUUCCUGAAAGAAUGACCCCUGUAAGUGGUGGAAGUGGAGGUAAGAUAUCUCCAUACAGUUCACAUAAGCAAUCUCAACCACGCCGUUCAAGAUCAAUGUCGAGGUAUACCGAUUUGGAUGAUGAUUGGGAUGCAGAUUUACAAGAGGUUUCUUCUCCCAAGAAAGAAUUGACCAAGCUUGACACAGAAGAAUCCUCAAGAACGAGUCUUAAUGCGCAAACUAGUCCUAUGUUGGAUUCAUUAUAUCCUGAUUUAAUGUUACCAAGUGGAAAUGGAGUUAGUGCUGCCAGUAAACCACCAAAGGAAUCACUUGACUUUGAAGACAUGCAAACUAAAAUGGAAAUUAAUAAACUCAACUUGUUGAAUAGUAAAUAUGCAAAAUUCAGAAAAGUUUUGACUUCUGAUAACAACAUUAAUUUGCAAGAUUUAAGAAAAUUAGCAUGGAAUGGGAUUCCCAAUGAAUUACGUGCAGUUUCAUGGUUAUUGUUGUUAGGAUAUUUACCUACCAACAAGUCCAGACAAAGCUCGACAUUAAAGAGGAAAAGGCAAGAAUAUUUAGAAGGAUUGGACAGUGUCACAAUUGAAUUUCACGAUGAUCCUCCUGAUAACGAAUCCACCACAUCUUUGUCUAACGCAAAUAGAGAUAAAAUGUUGUAUCAUCAAAUUAAGAUUGAUGUCAAAAGAACAAACCCAACAUUGAAAUUAUAUUCAUACACCGCCACACAGAUGUCACUUCGAAAAAUCUUAUAUCUUUGGGCAGUAAGACAUCCAGCAAGUGGAUAUGUUCAAGGUAUAAAUGAUUUGUGCACGCCCUUCUAUCAAAUCUUUUUGAAUAAUUAUAUUUGGCAAUUACAAAGAAAGCAACAACUAUUACAACGACAACACAAGCUGAAUAAUAGUAGCACUGGUAGCCUCCCUGAAGAUGAUGAUAUGGAUUUGUACAUUCCAGGCUAUUUAGCUCUGGAGGAAGAAGACGAUCCAGAAGAACUAAAACUUUUACAAGAUCCUCAGUUACCACAAUAUACUUUGGAUAACUUUGAUACGUCAUGGUUAUCCCCUAGGAUUACUGCAAUUAUUGAGGCAGAUACUUAUUGGUGUUUAUCGAGAUUGUUGGAGAAUAUUACUGAUAACUAUAUUCAUGAACAACCAGGUAUCAUAAGACAAGUUAAUGAAUUAAGGAAUUUGAUUUCUAAAAUUGACCAUGAAUUGAUUAAGCAUUUUGACAGUGAAGGAGUUGAAUUUAUUCAAUUUUCCUUCAGAUGGAUGAAUUGUUUAUUAAUGAGAGAAUUACCAAUCCAAUUAAUCAUCAGAAUGUGGGAUACUUACUUAUCGGAGACUCCAUUAGGAUUCAAUACUUUUCAUACCUAUGUCUGUGCGGCUUUUUUGAUCAAGUUUAGCGGUGAUUUGAAAGCCAAGGAUUUUCAGGAAAUUUUAUUGUUUCUUCAGAAUCCCCCAACUUCAAGGUGGAAAGAGAAAGAUGUGGAAUUGAUGUUGAGUGAAGCAUUCAUUUGGCAAAGUUUAUACAAGAAUGCUUCUGCUCAUUUGAGGUAG